UCUAGACUGACUAAUCACGAAAAACAAAGAAUUAAUAGCUGAGAGCUAUAUAGCAAUCCUCAUAUCUACGUUUCUUCCUCUAUCUUACAGGAGCCAGUGUUGCCCCAAGGCAGUCAGUGCUGUCUUCCCCACAAAUAUGUGGUAAGGCACGUACUGAAGUGAAAAGAAGUAAGGAGGAUAAAAACUGGAAUGUAAUAGCUGUAGGUAUUUUUUUCCUCCUUCUGUUUAAAAAUAGGCUUUAAGAAAACAGUUGAAAAUAUGCGGCUAUAAGAAAAAUAUCGAAGUCACCGAUUUGUAUCUUGGUGAAAAAGGGUUAAAAGAAAUCCCUGAUUUAUCACAGUUCCGGAUAUUAAGCCAUUUGUGGCUAAAUAAUAAUAAGAUUCAGAAUCUAACUGUGUUGAAGCAUAACUGCUGCUUGACAGAACUGUACCUCAACAAUAAUGAAAUCCGAGAUAUAUCAGGUGCUCUGAAACAUAUUCAUGUGUUGCGAAUCCUGAUGCUUCACAACAAUCACCUGAAACACCUGGAGAAAACCGUGAAAGAGCUUCAAGGAAUGCAACAUCUACACACCUUAAACCUGUUUAAUAACCCCAUGUCUCAUGAUCGCAGAUACCAUCUGUAUGUAAUAUACCACAUUCCUUCAGUAAUAUUGUUUGACAGAAAAGAAGUAACUCCAAGAGAAAGAGUAUCAGCUGUUCAUAUAUAUGACCAUGACAGGUCCCUCGUGCUUCAUUCUAUAGGAUUUGGGAAGAAAAUUGAUGAACCGUUUUUGCCUAAGCCAUCAUUUUGCCUAACACCAACCAAAGUGAUGAGAUUGCCUCCAGGUUGCGAUUUUGGAAAUCACCUGGUUAAGAUUCCGUAUGAAAACCCAGAACAUGCUGUACUUGUGAGGGCCAUGAGGCGAUCUGUCAUGGAGUUCGCCACUGUUGACUGGGAGAAGAUGCCCACCUGCGAAGAGAAACGCCUUGGCAGCAAUCCAGAAAAAAGGCCAGAGAGACUGACAAUUAGGUUCCGAUAAAUGCGACUUUUCUCCGGCAGUUGUCUCUUAAAUAAACAACACAUUUCUUUUGCUGCUCUUGGCAUUGUUGCGCUUUAAACAUAAAUUAAAAUCAUUUCAAAGCAGGGAAAAAAUCCAGUUACGUUACCAUUUUAGCACUUAAUGCAUAGUAUGAAGGGGUGAUAUUUAAAGCUAUAAAAAUCACUGGUUAGUUAAACAAGCCUAUGGUUUGAAAUUGGGUUAUUGAACAGUUGACCAUGGUUUGCUGGAAACUAGAUUCCUGAUCUGCAUAUAGGUUUAAGCUGAGAUGCUUUCAAAUGAAAAAUAAACUAGGCAGCAUGUCCUUUUUUUUUAAUGCCUACUUGCCAAGCUUGGAGGGGAUUUAGUUUCCUAAGGUCGCAGUCUCUGGGGGUUGUAAAGCUAAGAAACAGAGUAGUGGUUUAGGGAGCUUGAUUAUGACUCAGGGGGCAGUAAGUGAGCUGACCACUGUUCUGUUGGUGAUUAACAUCUGCAUAUAGGAGAACAAAAGCCUUUCUGCCAUUUUUACCAAGUAUAUAGUUAACAGACCGGAAGAGAUGUCUCUUAAUGCCUU